CACUUAAUUCUGAAUCACAUAUGGCGCUGGCUGGAUACUUUUUUCUUCUUUCCAAAAUCAAAAUUUGAUGCGCAUUAUAGUUAAAUUUGAAAGAGUAUUCCGAUGGCACAGUAUAUUCAGGUUAGUGACGAAGAAGGCGACGAACCGAUAGAAAUCCCUAGUGAGGAUGACGGCUCGUUAUUGCUUAGCACACUUGCAGCACAGUUUCCGGGGGCAUGUGGGAUGAAAUACAGAAAUCCAAGCACUGGAAAUUUUCGUGGAAUUAGACUAUCAGAGGGAAGACUGCAUCCACCAGAUGGAGUUUGGGGAAAUUUUGUUUACAUUGUCGUAUUCCCCAAAGAUAAUGUGAUGAUAAAACGCAAAGGAGAUGAGGCUGGUGAAAAUUCAUUGGCGAAGAAUAAGUGUGUUGAUAAACAGCGAUGCAGUGAUCUCAUUGUUCUGGGCUUACCUUGGAAAAGUAAUGAAGAUGAUCUGCGCAGAUACUUCUCUUCCUUUGGAGAACUGCUUCUUGUACAAGUGAAGAGAGAUGUGAAAACAGGAGCAUCAAAAGGGUUUGGCUUUAUUCGAUUUUUAGAGUAUGAUUCACAAGUAAAGGUGUUGGCACAAAGACACAUGAUUGAUGGCAGAUGGUGUGAUGUAGCCAUUCCAAACUCAAAUGAAGGUGCUGCAGAAAUGGUCAGCAGAAAAGUUUUUGUAGCCAGAUGCACUGAAGACAUCACAGCAGAUGACCUGAAAAGUUACUUUUGUAAAUAUGGGGAGGUGUCCGAUGUUUUCAUUCCCAAACCCUUCCGAGCCUUUGCUUUUGUUACUUUUGCAGAUCACAGGGUGGCUCGUUCUCUUUGUGGGGAGGACCAUAUUAUCAAGGGGGCAAGUGUUCACGUCACCACCGCAGCUCCCAAAAAUUCCGACAGAAACGAUAACCGAGGCAGGUUUGAUCAUGGAGGAAGUGGGAGGGGAGGGGGGCAUGGGGGGUGGAGCCAGCAAGGUAAACCUAUCGCUACUGUAGGUACAGUUCCACCUGUUCCUGACCCAAACAUGGCCAAUAGCAUAGGCAUGAAUUUAUUGAAUUCAGCUGUGUUAGCAGCAGCCCAGGCUAUGUUACAAAGUCAAGGUCAGUUACCUGCACCCCAACCACAGCCAGUGGGUCAAGGUCAUGGGGAUCCUUUUGGUGUUCAAACCACAACUGCCAGACAGACCCAGCAGACGGGGUUCUUCAGUACCCAGAACUCUGCAGGCUGGGGGACAACUGACACCAAUACAUCCGCAGGCGGAUAUCCCAACUGGGGAGGCAACAGCCACCAGAGUGGUUGGAGUUAAUGUAUGGGAGGAUAUGUUGAUGGGUGUGCGUCAGUGUGGUGUUGAUUUUUUUUUACUAUGCAGAGUGCUAUGCCUUGUGUCUAUAAGGGCUGAAAUGAUGUGGGAAGACAUUUUUUUUUUUUUAGAACAUUACUUUAUAAUAUUGAAAAAAAAUCCUAAGAAUCAGUCUUUUAUUGAAAUGCUAAACGAAAAGUGUGGUAUAUGUCUAUUGUAGCCAUUAAAAUGGGAUAUGCAUGUAUAUUGUAUCAUCCCACCCCUAGAAUUUAAAUACUUAUAAAGUCACUUUAGAAGUCUCUAGAACUUUGCUUUUUCCUAAAUAAUAAAUGUAUAUUGAUAAUUCCUUUUGUUAUAUUGCACCACAGGUUUAAACAACAGGUUUUUUUCAGAGAUAUUACUUUACACUGUUCAUGCUGUUAUUAACACAUUGAUAUAUAGUAGGAAUGUUAACUUCAAUAUUUAAAGAGGUUGUUUCCCUUCUCCAUAGAGUGUGUCAUAGGAGAAAUUAGUGCAAAGCACUUUGUUUUGUUUAAUGCUUCAAAGUUUAAAAGUAAGAUACAUCAGAUUUUUAAUAUGGGAACUUGGUUCCAAGUUUGUUUUUUGUGUUGCUUAUGAAAUCUGAAUAUGUAUAUGUACAUAAAAUAUUAAGUGUGGAUUUGCAGAAAUUGUUAAUCAAUGUAAUCACCUACAUGUAUUUUUCAGCAUUCCCUUUUGUGUAAAAUUCUAUGUAUUAUGAAAAGUAGCUUUCCUAUAUUUUACCUAACAACCCACUAGCAGAUGUCUAAAAUUUUCUUACUUUUUACAAUUUCAC